UUUCGAAAUGAAGGUCGUUGAGAUUUGAGAUUUGAGAUAUGGGUACUGUGAAAGAACUGCUGGAUCAACUCGACAAGGACUCCUUCGUCUCUCUCCUCUCGAAGCUCAUCAGAGAAUCAAAACAUGUUCAGAACAACCCACCAGAGUUGAUUCCAGAAGAAGACAGAGUAGCCAGGCACGUCUUGGACGCUCUCCUCCCUUACAGCACCACCACUGGUGGAGGACCCUUGAUUGUGAACCAUGUCACAUAUGUUCAGGGCAGAGGAAACGUUAUUGUCGAGUACCCUGGAACUGUUCCAGGCAAGAUCAUGUCCUUCGUUGGCUGUCACAUGGAUGUCGUCACUGCUAACCCUGAUGAAUGGGAUUUUGAUCCUUUCUCUUUGAGUAUUGAUGGAGAUAGGCUUCGCGGCCGUGGAACAACUGAUUGUUUGGGUCAUGUAGCUUUGGUGACUGAACUAAUGCGGAGGCUGGGGGAGACGAAACCUAAAUUGAAGACAACCGUGGUUGCAGUAUUUAUAGCGAAUGAAGAAAAUUCAUCAAUUUUGGGGGUUGGUGUGGAUGAGCUUGUGAAACAUGGGUUGCUUAAUAAGCUCAAAGAAGGCCCUCUGUAUUGGAUUGACACUGCCGACAAACAACCUUGCAUUGGCACUGGUGGUUUGAUAGCUUGGAGACUUGGGACGACUGGAAAGCUUUUCCAUAGUGGUCUAGCUCACAAGGCUAUUAAUCCUUUGGAAUUAUCCAUGGAAGCACUUAAAGAGAUUCAGAUGCGAUUCUACAGAGAUUUCCCUCCCCAUCCUAAGGAACAGGUCUAUAAGUUUGCAACCCCAUCAACAAUGAAAUCAACUCAGUGGAGCUAUCCAGGAGGUGGAAUCAGUCAGAUCCCCUAUGAGUGUACAGUCGCAGGAGACGUCAGGUUAACUCCUUUCUACAGUGCAACAGACGCAAGGAAGAAGUUGCAGGAAUAUGUAGAUGAUAUCAAUGCCAACAUGGAGAAGCUAGACACACGAGGUCCAGUUUCAAAAUAUGUCCUCCCAGAAGAAAAUCUUAGGGGAAGUCUUACAAUCAGUUUUGAUGAUGAAAUAAUGUCUGGAGUUGCUUGUGAUCUUGAUUCUCGUGGCUUCCAUGUGUUGUGUAAAGCAACUGAAGAAGUGGUUGGCUAUGUAAAACCUUACUCGAUCACUGGGAGUUUGCCUCUAAUUCGAGAAUUGCAGGAUGAAGGUUUUGAUGUUCAGACUGCAGGAUAUGGUAUGGUGUUCUUACUGUUUUAUUCUGAGAUAUGGAAUCUGGAUUUUUCUUUGCUAAAUUACUAAAUAAAUAUGGAAAAAGUGAAAGUUUAGAGGCUACAACACUACUAUGCUAGACAGAUCU